AUAGAGGCAAUAUGUACAGAUCCGCGAGCUGGAACCGUGUGACCGAGGAUUACUCGGUGCCUUGGUCCGCACCAAAGGGAUUAUGGAAGGGCCUAGACGAAGACGAAUCGGCUCCAUACAAUCCCAUCGGGCAAGAGGCGACCAAGAAAGAGAAGUCACGUACCAAGUUUGCUGAAAACGCUGUUCACAUAAUCCCUUUUGUCCUUCUUGCUUGUGCUCUCGUCCUUUGGUUCUUCUCUAAUACAGAUGUGGAUGUUGGGGUAAAAGGAGAAUCGAUUGCGGCUAAGAUCAAAGGGUUAACGAUCGAAGGAGACAUUGAUAAUGACAGCGACGGAACUCAGACAGGGUUCUUAGGCGGCGCCACAGAUGUCGGUGGUUCUUAUAAGACUAGACUAAAACGCGGCGUCAAUAUGCGUCAUCGGAGGAUACAAGCUUCAAGGAAACUGGUGAAAGAUUUUUAUUAG